AUGGGCAACCCCAGCCAGGAGUGGAAAGUGGUGAAGAUCCAACGGGUCAUCAUCAACCCUGACUUUGAGCCAAGGAAAACAGGUCUCUCCCGCAGCGCCAGCCUCUCGGAGAAGGAGCUGAAGGAGGCGAAAGCGCGCAGCCAGAGGAUCGCGGCUCAGCUCACCACGGCGCCCGGCCCCAGCUCCAAGGGUGUCCUGCUGUUCCACCGGCGCAGGCAGCGCGUUGAGGGGCUCACGGGGGCCGGGCAUGGCGGGGGGCUGCCCCUGAGCCCCGCGCCCCAGCCUCGCCAGGGGUCCAUGGAAGAGAGCCAGGGACAGGGCAUGCAGCCGGAGCCUGACCAGCCAGGCAAUCCAGGAGAAGGGAUGCUGGCAAACGCCUCCCCGUGCCAGGAGCUUCCUGCUGAAGCCCAGCAGGUCCCACUCAGCGUUUACCUGAAGGAGAACAUGGCAUCGACCGCCACUAACGGCAUCGGCGUGCAGGAGCAGGCAGCCAGGGGGAUGGAGAAAAGGGUGGAGGGGCUCGGAACUGCAGGAGCCCCUGCAGAGCAGAACACGGUGGCUCUUGUCCUGCCACAGAGCCCCGAGGAGGGGAAGAACGUCAAAGUGCCCAGAGCGGUGGCCGAUGAGGUGCCUAGCGAGGUGCCCAGCGCACCAGCGGGGACGGCCACAGGGAUGGUAUCCCCAGCCGGGCAGCAGCAGAACGGGACACAGGGCAGGCAGUACUACGAGGUCCACCUCACCCUGGCCAAGCCUAAGCCUGUGAAGAACCGGACGGCCAGACCCUUCGGCACCCAGGCAUCCCCCGCCAGUGCCCAGCCGACCGAGGAACCCCCUGCCCCCGAGCUGCCCCCACCACCAACCUACGCAGAGACCCUCAGCAGCCCCCCACCCCUCACCCGUGUCCGCUCCCCCCCUGCCUACUCGGUCCUGUACCCCACGCCGGAGCAGAAGAUGCUGCCAGCUCCACUCCUGGGCUGCGGGGUGAGCGGACCAAACCCCUUGCCCAAAACCGGGAUCCUGGAGGAGUCGGCUGCCCGGAGAGCCAGCAGAAAGUCCAUGUUCACCUUCGUGGAGAAGCCGAAGCUGGGCCCCAACCCCGACCUGCUGGAUCUGGUUCAGAGUGCAGACAGCAGGAAGAAGCAGAAGGAGCAGGGGGAACCGAGCACCGACGACGAGCCCUUUGCCCUAGGGGCUGAAGCUUCGAACUUUGUCCCCAACAGCGCAACCAGGGGUGUGCAGCACCUCCCACCGGCUGAGGAUGCUCCGGCAUGGUCCUCCUGCCUCAAGUCUCCCACCAUCCAGCCCAAGAAGAAGCCACAGCCCAGCCACAUCCUCACUGAAGCGAGAGGGAAGGGGGCUGAGCUCUUUGCCCGCCGACAAUCCAGGAUGGAGAAGUUCAUCAUUGAAGCCCCUUCCCAGCCUGAGCUGCUGCGGUGCCCAUCACCCACCAUGUCCCUGCCUCCCUCCUGGAAGUAUGACAACAAUGCUUACCUCUCACCCAUGGUCUCCAGACGCCCCUCCAAGAGUCCUUGCAGGCCCUCCAAAACCCCUCCUGCAUCGCUGUAUGGCAGCAGCCUAAUGGAGAACGAGGUGUCCCAGAAGGAGCUGGAGAUCUCCAAGCACCAGCCUUAUCAGCUCCAGUCUUCUCUCUUUAUCCUCUCCCCAUCCAAGGAGCCAGCACGGUCCAUGCCAGAGGAGGUGCCUCCACCCAGACCCUCUCUUCCCGACUCCUACCCCUAUCCCCAGCAAGCCUCCUGCCCGACCUCCCCGUUGCCUCCUUCCCCAGUUUGGCAUCCCCCCGUGGUGCCCAGCGCCGGCCAGACCACUGCCAGCCUCUUCCCCAGUGCUGCCGGGGCUCUGCCCCUGACUCAUGACAGCCGUGCCAGUCCUGCAGCCCCGGCUGAGGUGCUGCUGGCCUCCCCGUGCCGCUUGCUGCCCCCCCGGGCAAAGGCAGGCUUCCAGGCACCCCGGCCCUCCUACUCCACCAGGAAUGCCGGCAUCGAGCCGCAGGACAGGCGUUCGUCCCUCCCUGCAUCGCCCACCUGGACGCCCCGGCUGGCGCGGCGCCCGGGCAGCCUGGACGGCUGGGCCAGCCCGGCCUCGGUGCCCGAGCUGGAUGAGGGACCCCCCAUGUCCCCUCCGUGGAGCGAGAGGUCCCUGUCCCCGCUGCGGCAGGACGCGGACCCCCGGGCCAGCCGGCAGAUGCAGGCGCGGCUCGCCAGGAACAUCAUCAACGCUGCCCGCAGGAAGAGCUCCUCUCCCAAAGCCGUGGGGCUGGAGAGCUCCCGGCCCUUCACCCCCAUCUCUGCCGGGCCCCCCAGCCUGCCCCAGUCGCCCCGCCUGGGGCCAAGAGCUCCGGCACUGCAGGCUGCCAGCAGCGUGCUGGGGAGCCUGGGCAGCCCCUCGCCCAACCACAAAAGCCCCCUCCGAUCGCCCCGGGCAGGCAGCCCCCAGUUCUGUGCCUCCCCCGGGAUGCCCCGAGCCGCCUGGUCAGAGGGGCGCCGGCUCCUGCUGCCAUCCAGCGCGUCUUGCUGCCCCGUGCCCAGGCUGUCCCCCAGCCCCAAGAGCCCCCUGCCAUCCCCCGUGGUGGGUGGGCGCUCCACAGCCAAACGCUGCACCUCCCGGUCCCCGACGGACUCGGACGUCUCCCUCGACUCCGAAGACUCGGGGACCAAGAGCCCGGGAAUCCACAGCUUCAACCUCUGUCCCCGGGGCUGGACCAGCAGCCUGCGGCUGAAGACGGGGGGUCUGCCUUCGGGGGCUCCCUGCACCUCCUAGACAAGCCAGCCCCUGCCAAAAAACCCUCUCCCUCGACCCGUCAGCUCGGGUGAUGCCACCCGCUCACUAACCCCCGGGG